UGGAGGAAUGAGCCUACUUCGAAUUACUCCUAGUUCUGUUUCAUCUCAACUGCUGAGGCUUAGCAUCUUUCUACUACUUAGCCUUCCUGACUCAAAAGGAAAAUCCAUUUGGACAGCCCACCUGAAUAUAACCUUUCAGGUGGGAAAUCGGAUUAUAUCGGAAUUAGGAGAGAGUGGAGUGUUCGGGAAUCAUUCUCCUUUGGAAAGGGUGUCUGGUGCGGUGGUACUUCCUGAAGGAUGGAAUCAGAAUGCUUGUAAUCCCAUGACCAACUUCAGCAGGCCGGAACAGGCACACUCGUGGUUGGCCCUCAUUGAACGCGGAGGCUGUACUUUCACACACAAAAUCAACGUGGCAGCAGAGAAAGGAGCAAAUGGGGUGAUCAUCUAUAACUACCCAGGUACGGGCAACAAAGUGUUUCCCAUGUCUCACCAGGGAACGGAAAAUAUAGUCGCAGUGAUGAUAGGCAACUUGAAAGGCAUGGAACUUCUGCACUUGAUUCAGAAAGGAGUCUAUGUGACCAUCAUCAUUGAAGUGGGGCGAAUGCACAUGCCGUGGCUGAGCCAUUAUGUCAUGUCCCUGUUCACCUUCCUGGCUGCCACCGUGGCCUACCUUUUCUUGUACUGUGCCUGGAGACCCCGAGUGCCCAAUUCUUCCACCAGGAGGCGAAGACAGAUGAAAGCAGAUGUGAAGAAAGCUAUUGGUCAGCUUCAGCUGCGAGUGCUCAAGGAAGGCGACAAGGAACUAGAUCCAAAUGAGGACAGUUGUGUUGUUUGCUUUGACAUAUACAAACCCCAAGACGUAGUACGUAUUUUAACGUGCAGACAUGUGUUCCAUAAGGCAUGCAUUGACCCCUGGCUCUUAGCCCAUAGGACAUGCCCCAUGUGCAAGUGUGACAUUCUGAAAACUUAAACCCGGAGAAUCUUCUGAGGAUGUA